CAUAGCAGGGAGCACCCAGGCCCGUUUCCACCCACAGGGCCAGUGCUCGCCUCUCGCCCAGGACUCAGGCUGCCCUCCCUUUGGCCUCUGCUGUCCAGCCAGCCUCUGCACCCUCCAGAACACUCUCUGUGUUACCUCCAUGCCCCUGGUUGUCCCCACCCCCCACCGUGGGGACCAUGAUGGGGAGCUCUUUGGAGUGCAGCGGGCCAGGGACGAUGUUGUGGGGUCAGGGACUCCCUCUUCAGUCCUGCUGUGGCUGGUCCUGGAGGCAUUGGCUGGGCUGGCACGGCCCUGCCCUGUGGGCCAGCUCUCCAUCUCGGGUCUCAGCAGGUCCAUGACAGGAGCUCCUCACCGAGGCCUGUCCACAGGUGCCUUGGGGACUACGAAGCCGAGCUGAGCCAAGAUGCCGCCAGGGCCCCUGAAAAGGGCCCAGUUUCUGGAGACUCAGAGUGGGCUGUGAAAAACCCCUUGGGGAGCCCCCCUCCCAGGCAGGGAGGCUCUUGGCUCCUGUGAAGAAGGGGCUCAGGGGCCUGGGCAGGGCCAGCUGCACUGCAGCUAUGGACCGUGAGCUGGCCUGGCCCGCGUCCUUGCUGACCCUGCCUGUCUGCAGCCAUGUCCACCAUGGGCUCCUGGGUGUACAUCAUGGUGGAGCUGGCCAUUGCCGUGCUGGCCAUCCUGGGCAACGUGCUGGUGUGCUGGGCCGUGUGGCUGAACAGCAACCUGCAGAACGUCACGAACUACUUUGUGGUGUCCCUGGCGGCAGCCGACAUUGCUGUGGGAGUCCUCGCUAUCCCCUUCGCCAUCACCAUCAGCACAGGGUUCUGUGCUGCCUGCCACAACUGUCUCUUCUUCGCCUGCUUUGUCCUGGUCCUCACGCAGAGCUCCAUCUUCAGCCUCCUGGCCAUCGCCAUUGACCGCUACAUCGCCAUCCGCAUCCCACUCCGGUACAAUGGCUUGGUGACUGGCACAAGGGCCAAGGGCAUCAUUGCAGUCUGCUGGGUGCUGUCAUUUGCCAUCGGCUUGACUCCCAUGCUGGGCUGGAACAACUGCGGUCAGCCACAGGGGGGCCAAAACCGCUCACAGGCCUGCGGGGAGGGCCAGGUGGCCUGUCUCUUUGAGGACGUAGUCCCCAUGAACUACAUGGUGUACUACAACUUCUUUGCCUGUGUCCUGGUGCCCCUGCUGCUCAUGCUGGGCGUCUACUUGAGGAUCUUCCUGGCGGCUCGGCGACAGCUGAAGCAGAUGGAGAGCCAGCCUCUGCCGGGGGAGCGGGCUCGGUCCACGCUGCAGAAAGAGGUCCACGCUGCCAAGUCGCUGGCCAUCAUUGUGGGGCUCUUCGCCCUCUGCUGGCUGCCCCUGCACAUCAUCAACUGCUUUACUUUCUUCUGCCCAGAGUGUAACCAUGCCCCACUCUGGCUCAUGUACCUGACCAUCGUCCUCUCCCACACCAAUUCUGUUGUGAACCCCUUCAUCUAUGCCUACCGCAUCCGUGAGUUCCGCCAGACCUUCCGCAAGAUCAUCCGCAGCCACAUCCUGAGGCGGCGGGAGCCCUUCAAGGCAGGGGGCACCAGUGCCCGGGCCUUGGCAGCUCAUGGCAGUGAUGGAGAGCAGAUCAGCCUCCGCCUCAAUGGCCAUACUCCUGGGGUGUGGGCCAAUGGCAGUGCCCCUCAUCCUGAGCGGCGGCCCAAUGGCUACACCCUGGGGCUGGUGAGUGGAGGGAGUGCCCAUGAGUCCCAUGGGGACAUGAGCCUCCCAGAUGUGGAGCUCCUCAGCCAUGAGCACAAGGGAGCAUGCCCAGAGUCCCCUGGCCUCGAGGGUCCCCUGGCCCAGGAUGGAGCAGGAGUGUCCUGAUGAUCCACUGAAUUUGCCCCUUCCUACAGGAAGGAAAUCUUUCUCUUUGGUGGAUAGAGCCAGUCACGUUGGGAAAAGAGUGAAUGUGCCUGGAGGCCCUUUUCAUGGCCAGUUCCCACUUUGGACUGAGAGGAGGGAGCCCUGGCUGGAGCAGCAUGAGGCCCAGUAGGAAGGGUUUGGAGUCCGAGGAAGUGGACGUUUCAUGUUGGGAGGCCCUGCAUCAGGUCAAGACCACAGCACCAGAGCAUCUUGGCUGGGCAGGGCCUGGUUCCCCACUCUGGAAGCAUCUAGAAGUACCACCCUGACUUGGCAGAACAGCUGUGGCAGAGCAGGCUGGCUGGCCCUGAGGCUGGGGGGCAGGGAGGGUGGCUCCAGCAGGCCCUCUACCACACACACAGACCACCCUCCCCAGACUUUCCAAGGGUUCAGGAGCUGCUGUGCCCAGAGGUGGCGUUUUUCUUUUCCUUUUUUUUUUUUCCCAGGAGAAAAUGUUAAGUGUGAAGAAUACUUUUUUUUUUUAAUUAUCUUCCUUCCCUGGUUGCUGGCUCUGUUGUCAGUCCUGCUGCUCACCCUGCUCCAGGGGUCAGCCCAGGGAGCCCCAGGCAGCACUCUCUGGCUACCAUGAGCUGCCACGCACUUCUUACACUAUCAGUCCCAGGGCCAUCUUUGGGGGCCACAAAGCUGGGCUCAAGGAUGGGGAGUUGUAAUGGAGUGCUGCCUGACUGUGGGCUCAGGGGAGGAAGUGGGGACUGGCCCACCAUGCGGUGUGCCUGGGUAGCUCAGAGCUGCCCAGUCAGAGGCCCUAUCUGCCUUUCCUUCUGAAGGGAAUGUUUUUUUCUGAGAUAAAAUAAAAAUGAGCCAUGUUGUGUUUUAAGCUUGUCCAAUGA